AUGACUGAUGGCCAUAUGGUAAUUCGUCCCGCUGGGUUGAGAGCCACUUUUAGUCCGUUGGUGAAACCAACUGCGUCUGAAAAACACAAGAAGCACGAGGCGGCGACUGAGAUGCUCUGGCAGUCGUUUGAUGCGACGGAGCGUACGGCAUGCCUGAGGGCUAGCGCCGUAGAGGGCGUCGUGCUGAGACACCCAACGGAUGUCUCGCUGGGCGAAGUCUAUAAGUUCAUCCCCGAGUGCAACCCGCGCGACAUCGCAGACUCGGAACUCGACUUCCUCCUCAACCUCAAGUGGAACCGCGCGAACACGUCCCUUUUCCAACAAUACUGCGAGGGUGACCGCGGCGGGCCGGCACACCAGGGGCUCCGCCGUAUUCAGACAUUCGACAAGUGCUUCGCGCUGUUUCUGGACGAGAAUCAAUACGGCCAGCCCUUCAGAAUGCGUGAUGACAUGAACGAGGUGACUGCACCUCUGAUGCCGGCCGUCCCCGCCGGCCUUUGCGUCCCCCAGUCAAGGGGAGAACUCAUCCUGCUGGGACAAUUCUAUCCGACGCAGUGUCUCGUCAUUCUCAUCGACGACAUCCUGGACGAAUCAUCCCGAACCAGGGCCAACAAGGGGAUCUUUAAGUAA